GUUAUUGGAGCAACCUUCACUUGAAUACCUCAUGAAGGCACUCAAAUUUAUUGCAGAUGGUAAUACUGCUACUAAGAUUGGUGAUACUAAGAUUGGAUAUCCUUCUUCAUCUCCAACACCCAGUACAACUACAUCACAAGCUCCUUUACGUGGUAGCUCAUAUGAUCCAGCUGCAGUGUUUUUCCUAGAAUUAAUGAUUAAUGUCACUUUACAAAAUCGGGAUCGGAUUCAGCAUUUAUG